AUGGAAGCAGUUUCAGAAACCGGCGGUGGCACGUCGUUGAUAGUUGUCGUGUCGGGGAGGGGUGCGAGAUUUCUGUCAAUACUUCCCUUCGCUAGAUUGGGAAGAACGUCGAGGCUUUCCACCGGGUCGGUAUCCGUUGCUGGAAGUUCAUACUGUUUGGCAGGGUCUGUCACCACGUCGGUUAUGGUAGCCGCUUCGGCUGGCAGAUUCGACUCCGUUGGCGGGGUCGCCUCAGCUAGCGGGGUCGUCUCGGUUGGCGGAAGAGGAGCUUCUGUUGGGAAAUUCGUCUCGGCUGGCCCGAGAGCAGAGUCAUUUUCGGGAGGUGUAGGUGCUUGCUGCAUGGUCAGCUCUUUCCCUUGA